CAUUCUCUUCUCUCCGUUCCUAUAUCUUGGUAUACAGUAUAACUGGUGCCUACGUAUCUCCGUUCUAUACUUUCUUUCUCUCUCUUUCUCUCUCCCUCUCUUUCGCACUUCUACAUCCGGUGGUAACAUAUGGCUGGACAUUUUUAUCUCUCCACCUCUUCCUUCCACCUCAGCUCUAUUUCUACGUAUCAACGCUGUGCUUGGGGAUGCGCGUACCCUCCCACGAGAGAGACCUUAUCGGUCAGACCUAUUUCCCGCGACGACAGUGCUCCGUCUCAGUCUCGUGAAACAAGACCGUCUUAUCUAUGCCCUUUUGUGGCAUAAAAUAGUGGUAUUGGAAUACGAAUUUAUUCUUUGUGACGGCUAGCGCGGUUACUGGAUCGAAGCGGAGCCCACUUCGUCCACCUCCGAUCGUCCGCCCUUGUACACUCCCUUCGCGUGUCUUCCCUCUAUCUAUCAGUUUGCCUUGCGACGGUGGUGGCAGAGUCUCUUCAAUCCUCGUGCCAGUCUGGUUGCCUAUUUCGGGCGCUGUUCAUGGUGGUGAACACCCCCGUGGUUCACGUACCCCCGGGUGCCCCCUGUUCUCUGUGCCGACAGAGUAUAGAGAAAGAAAGAGAGAAACCGCAAGAUAGACAAGGGAUAGAUAGGUAAAGAGAGCCGCGCGUGUCCGCCUGGAACAUCCAUCUCAUGCGUCAGGCGCGCGGGGCGAGAAGCGUCGGGCGUCGUGGCCGCGGCGUCGCGGCGACGACGACGACGACGACGACGACGACGCUCAGUCGCGCGCACGAGCUCUCGACUCUGCGUGAUCAGUGGCAGUGAGAGGCAGCGCGUCGCGUCGCGUCGCGCCGCUCCACGAAGCGUCGUGCGAGCGACAUGCGCUACGGCUGGCGGCGGCCUUGUCAAGUGUCGACUGUGACCAGGAGGACGGGGACGAGGCCGAGGCCGAGGCCGAGGACGAGAACGAGAACGUCAACGGCGACGAAGACCAGGACAACGAAAACGGGAAUAACGCCGGUAACGAGGAACCCGGGAACAAAGGCGACGACGUCGAGGUGCUGGUGGUGAGAGGCGUCACGAGGUGUACGGGACGCAUGACGAGGAAACACGGGCGACUGGCAUGAACGACGACGUCGUGGACGACGUUGCCGAGGAGGACUCUCGCGGCGAUGCCCGUGAAGGAAGCGCUACGGGCACUACGACGACGACGAAGACGACGACGAUCGCGUUCCUCGUACUACCGGCCCGACUGAUGACACCCGGCCGCAGCGAUUCCGCAGCGGUCUCGGCGAACAAGAUCGCGCCUCCGCAAUCCGCGUGCACAUAGGCUGGUAAUCGGCAUUAAGAAAUUUGCGUCGUAGAAAGCGCGAUCCUCGAAGUGAUCACAAGUGACGAGCCGCCCGUGGCGUUUUCUCGUCGAACCUCAAGAAAGAUUUCUCAAAAAUUUCCUACUUCUCUGACUGAGAGUUUCACUUCCGUGCAAAGUAGUCGUAGACGAAGAGGAUCAAUCGGCCCAUCGAAUGGGAUCGCUUUCCUCGGAAAGACUUUCUUUCCUCGUGUAUCUUCCCCUGAAGAAAAGGUCUCUUCCUAAAGGACACAAGAAUUAGAAGGACCGAGACCUUCCUUCGCAAGAGAAAGCACGCUCCUUGACAUCGAGCGUGCCUUUCCUCCGGAAAAGUCCUACGCAGAGGUAUCUAGAGAAUCGUUAAUCGUUCCGGUAGCUGAACACCGAAGACCGUCAUUGCGGUGAACGACGACAGGUGCGCGUGACACGAGGGGGACAACCAUGAACGUUAGCACGAACGACCUUCCGGUGUGGCGAUGCAGCACGACGUGGCUCGCGUGACUCGCGCCGGUCACGAGUAAAGAGGAUCGGUCUCCACCUUUAGCCACCACCCUCCUCGCGUAAUACCGCGGCGGCGGCGACGGCGGCCCCCACCACCACCACCAUCACCACCACCACCAACGGUACAACGCGCUGGCCCGUCUCUCCUAUUCAACCCCCCGCGAACGCGGGGUACAAUCCUUACGACGAGGACACGCACACCAGGGUGGCACGAUAGUAUGACGGUGAUGCUGCUGCAACGUUCAGUCACCCCGCAGUCGACGCACAGCCAAAAGACAGCGACGAAGGACUGCAGCGCGAAGCCGCCCUUUCUCUUUCUGCUGGACGACCGUGAGGAGCAUCGGCACUCGACCGAUACCAACACCACGACUACUACAAACAACAACAAUAACAACAAUAAUAACAACAAUAACAAUAAUAACAAUAAUAACAACAAUAACGUCAACAACAACAACAACGUUUUCAAAAGAGGCGACCGGAGUAACAGCCGCGAUCACGUCGCCGACGAGGCGCCGUCGUCGGUGACGUCCCAACGACUCGCCGACGGUGGUGAGGACGUCGCGAUGCGAUAUUACCGCCUCUGGAUCUACGCCUGUAACCUGGUGCUGUUCGGUAGCGCGAUCGGCUUUGCCGCCGCGGUGUCGCAGACCCUCCUGUUCACCGGCGACCCACGUCGGCACGUGGUGCCGGGUGUACCUCGCGUCUACGACCCCACCGCGCUCUACGGCUAUCUGGCACUGACGGCGCAGUUGGGCCUGGUGCAAUUACUCGGUUGCAUCGCCGCCAGACGGCUCAGCGCCCGGUUACUCCACGUCUACUGGAUAUUACUGCUGAUACUGCUGUUCGGCGACGCCGUCGUCGGCGUCGCCUGGAUCUUCCGUUUCGAGAAAAUGCGCGCCGACCUCAGACCCACGCUCAAACUACGUUUGCAGGUGGACUAUGAUAAGGAGAUGCGAUUCAGCGAACAGUGGGACCGACUUCAGCGGGAGUUCAUGUGCUGCGGGGUGACCGGACCCAAGGAUUUCAAUCACCGUGACAACUGGCCACUGACCUGCUGCGGGCCCAGCGUUAACAUCAGUGAGCCCUGUCAGAACCCAUACAUGCGCGGCUGCGAGGAGACGCUCGUACGCUGGCUCAGGAAGACGGCGGACCUACUGUUUGUCCUGGGCUUCUGCGUCAUCGCCUUCGCCAAGCUCUGCUUUCUCGGCAUCCUACGCUACGAGAUACGGGAAAUGAUACAGAAGAUACGAAUGCUGAGGGAACCGCCGCCGCCGGCCACGCCGUUCGCGCAACCGCCCUUUUCCCAGGUGCUGCCGGAAACAGCCAACAACGGCAGCAUAGUGAGACGCACAACGUUACCUAACACUGUUAUGCCUUCCGGCAACGCGUCGGUGUUGCUACAGUCGGACGAAUGCAACACCGGCCGGCAUCCUCUGUUGGCGAACAAUCUGCAGGACGGUGGUGCUGACAGCGAUACAAAUAGCCACUGCGCGCUAAUACUCGAGGAGACGACACCUACCUCGACGAACAACCACAAUUGCGCGGCCGGCGGCGGCCGUGAGAAAAGCAACGGUAACAACAACUACGAGAUGCGUGAGUUUAACCGCAGGCUGUUGCUGUCGAACGGUACCAGCCCGGGCACAGGCGUGACCGUAACGAGCGGUCAGAGUAGACGCACCUGACUAUGGAGAUGGUGGCGAAGCACCCAGAACCGUUUCCUGUACAGGAGCAAUCGGCGGCGCGCCGACAUACCGCUAUACAAGUAAAAGUACGACAAACUCUUUGUCAUACGUUUCAGUUUCUUUUUUAAGAAAAUUACACAUACAUCUAGCGAGCUACUAGCUGGCGCGAGUCCAACGCGGACGGUGUGAUAUACCUAAGGAAACGUCGCCGCCGCCGCCGUCAUCAUCGAUGUCGUCGUAUCGACGAAAUCGGUGAAAGUGAAGAAGGUUGACAAUGGCUGCGUAGCUCGUCUUCUAUAGUCAUCCCUACUUCUCACCCUCGAGGUCUUAUCGCCGAUAGUGCGCACAAACGUAACACCGAGGGAAGACUGCGGCGACGGAUGACGUUGACGGCACAUGAGAGACCAAGCAUUCACGAAUCGAUAUCACGGUGGGACUUUACAAUUAUUAAUGAAAGAACCAAAUCAAAACAUAUAUAAUAGUGCGAGAGAGGUAGAGAGAGAGAGAGAGAGAGAGAGAGAGAAAGAGAGCUAUCUCCAUUUUUGUAAGGCAAAAUUCAUGAAGGAGCGUUUAAAUUCGCCAAGAUCACGACGCGAGAGUGAAACUCCCCCAAUCAUCUUGCGCGAUUCAGGGGUGAAAAAAAAAAAGAGAAGAGAGCGCAAUCCGAGGCUGGAACGUCGUUGCCCUAUGAUUCCUUAAAACGAGCGGCGAGCAACUCACCCCGCGUGAAAGACAGUUCGAAGAAACCAUUCUAUUUACGGCCCGUACUCUCGUAGUCGUAUGCUAAUUUCGUCAUCGUCGACGUCGAACUAUAGAGGGUAGGUGCACGCUAAUUUUAAAUGGCCGUUAGAAACAACUUUCUUUAGUCUCCGGACUUUUACAGAAUAAAUCCGCCGCUUUUCCACGCGAGCUUUCACUGUGUUUGUGCGCGCGCGUCCCUAGCCGCGGUGGCUACAUCGUCGGGUUGUUCAUUAACUGCCCCGAGCUCUCCUCGCAAGUAUACACCUUGCAUAUACAUGCCUUACUGUCCUCGCAUAAUCGGUGUGCAUAACUACUUUUGCAGAUUUUAUUUUUAGUCGUGAAACUUUCUUACGUUACCCAUCCGAAUAAAGCCGUCAUCGAUCGUGUCAUCAGUGUACCCGGGAUAUCGUCCGUCGUGCUGUUUCUCAUUUGAAGAUAAACUCCACGCCGGUAGUAUGUCACAGUCGAAUGUAACUAUCGUCGCCUAUAAAUGACACACGAAGCUCUUGUUCCCGUUGGAUCUUCGUAGAAUUGUUUCUGGACCGACAAUUCUGUUGAGUUAAUUAAAGACUCUGAGCUAGUAAUCAGAUAUACUUCGUGGAUCGUGUUUCUGUCUGGCAAAACAUUAUCUUGACGAUGUAUCUCCUUUCUAUCUCUAUGUUAUAUGUCGCAAAGAUAUCUCUCUCAAAGAUCUCGUAGAUAUUCAUUUUAUCUUUUGAAUCCACAUCAUGGAUAUUAUUAUACCACUAUUAAAAAAACAGAAGCAGCGAAUUUAGUUGACCGACGUUAAUCAAUCUUUUCUAUCACAACUACUUGAAGAAUAGUUAUGAUUCAAAACUUGUUAACUUCCGCGACUUUUGUUCGACUUGAGGAAACUAUAUCUUUGCGACUUCACGUUUGACUCUCUUAAUAAUGCAAACAACUUGUAUUUGUCCAGACGAGUGAAUUAGGCUUCACAGUACCGUCUAAUCAGCUAUCGUAUCUCGCGACUACGUUUAUUAAGUUCUGUAAUGAUUCUUACGAGAUAAUUACGAUAGUUACGGAAGAAUAUUGUGAGAUACUACUGCCAAAUUGAUGAUCCUCCUACUCUUCUCUGACAAGAUAAAUGUACGUUUAGACAAACUAUUCUUGAGCGACAAGAAUUUGCUUAGUUUCCUCCUUAAUAACGUUAAUAAUAUAACAGAGAACGAAAGAACGAGGAAAUGAGAGGGAAAGAGAGAUUUCCGAUGUAGGCGAUGAUUAAAUAAUUUCUAAUCGCUUUUACAUAAACAUCUAAAAGAUACGCGUCAUGCAAGUAGCUUGUACCGAUACGUUCCUUGUAAUUACACCAUCAUUAUUGAACUAAGAUAAGUAUGGACCGGAGAUAUUUCAUUCAAUGUUUCAAACUAUUUUCCCUUUUUCUUUUCGCACGCCUCAUACGCCACUCCGGUGUCCCAAUAAUUGAGAUCCGUCUUAUAAGCGACAAAGACGUAGCGUAACACUCGAAAUAAUUGGCUUCCUAGCUAGGAUUAAAGGAAUCUUAGGGUUAUACAUUUAAUGGGGAUGCAAUGAUAACGGAUACAAAUACUAUAGUAGGCUGUAUAUACCGGCAUAGAUAAUAAGUGUCGAUCGUCUGCUUAAGGAGAAACCGAGAUAUUAUCUGUUAAUUGUUCGAACGCACGUCUCCGCCGAUGUCACAAAAUGAGACGCUUUACGUUAAUCCUAUCUGUCGCAGUUGAAUUUACGUGUUUCGAAAAAAAUCUGGCGUUUUACAUGUCCAAGUAUAAUUACGCUAGUCUGGAAAACAGGGUAAUUAUUAAUCUCAAACGGUUGCCUGAUCAUCUUUGGGCCACUAUUAGCGAAGUAGAACAUUUGUGUGUGUCGCCAAGUAAGAUAAUUGACUCCUUUCGUUUUCUCCAGGUAAGAAGAGAUUUUUUUGCCGACCACGUGCAAGUUCAAUCAUUCUUUCUUAAUCAGACCAUCGAAUUAUUGUUGAAUGUAAUAAUAAUGUGAAAGCUUACACCUCGCAGACACACAGCCUCUGCCACUAAAUGUAUAUAAAGAUGUUAUAUACAGAAGAUAGAGAGAUGUUAAUCGUUUUUUAAUUAAUUAGGCGAAAGAAAAUACAUUCGGAAAGAAA